AUGGCGCCAAAAAUAACAGCCAUAGGCAUGGGUGAGGACGCAGAGAACGUGAACCCUCAUCCACUCCUGGCGGAAAAGUACGAUGGCGCAGCCACGCGGACAGCAGCUGUCACGUUAAACGCCUUCGAAGCACCACGGGACCCGGCAGUCCUAUUCCUGGGGACGUGCCCAAAGGACGCGAAAACAGGCGCUCAGGCAGAGAGCGGCACAUUCGUGUUCGUAACACCGUUACUCACGACGGCCGAAGGCCGCGGGUACAGCCGCCACGCCUGGGCGACCCGCUACCGCAGACAGCAGCACGAGGCCGCACCAAGCACGAGGCGAGACGAUGCUGUCGAGCAGCAGCUGCCGGAAAAUGGGCUGGACUACGAAGCCUGCCUCGUGGCCCAGUGCGACGCGCUGGUCGACGCGUUGACUCGGCAGAAGGCCAAGCUGCUCACCAAGGUCACCAAGGAGAGGGAGCACAAGCUGAAGAUGGUCUGGGACCAGAUCAACCACUGCACGCUAAAGCUGCGCCAGUCGACAGGGCUGAUGGAGUAUUGUCUGGAGGUGAUCAAGGACAACGACCCCGCUGGCUUCCUGCAGAUCUCGGACGCUCUGAUCAAGCGUGUCCAGGUGUCUCAGGAGCAGUGGGUCAAGGGCGCUCUGGAGCCGAAAGUGUCCGCGGAGUUUGACCUGACGCUGGACAGCGAGCCGCUGCUGCUGGCCAUCCACCAGCUGGACUUCAUUCAGAUGAAAUGUAGGGCUGCUGCUGUUAGUGACUUAGCGAAGCAAAUGAAGAGUGAGGCCCCUACACAGCCGGGCGGGACGGUGACGGUGACGGGGACGGGGAUGGUGACAGGGACGGGGACGGGGAUGGUGACAGGGACGGUGACGGGGACGGUGACGGGGACGGUGAUGGGGACGGUGACACGGGAUGGGGACGGGGACGGUGACGGGGAUGGUGACGAGGUGUACGUGGGCAGGGAGACCCUCUGCACCAUCGACGGCCUGCAUUUCAACAGCACGUACAACGCCAGGGUCAAGGCGCUCAACGGCUCGGGCGUCGGGCCCUACAGCAAGACCGUGGUCCUGCAGACCUCCGAUGUGGCCUGGUUCACCUUUGACCCCAACUCCGGGCACCGGGACAUCAUCCUGUCCAAUGACAACCAGACGGCCACCUGCAGCAGCUACGACGACCGCGUGGUGCUGGGCACGGCCGCCUUCUCCAAGGGCGUGCACUACUGGGAGCUGCACGUCGACCGCUACGACAGCCACCCGGACCCCGCCUUCGGGGUGGCCCGGGCCAGCGUGGCCAAGGACAUGAUGCUGGGCAAGGACGACAAGGCCUGGGCCAUGUACGUGGACAACAACCGCAGCUGGUUCAUGCACUGCAACUCCCACACCAACAGGACGGAAGGUGGCGUGUGCAAGGGGGCCACCGUCGGCCUGCUGCUGGACCUGAAUGAGCACACGCUGACUUUCUUCAUCAACGGGCAGCAGCAGGGCCCCACGGCCUUCAGCCACGUGGACGGGGUCUUCAUGCCGGCCCUCAGCCUCAACCGCAACGUGCAGGUCACUCUGCACACAGGCCUGGAAGUGCCCCCCAGCCUGGGGCGGCCAAAGCUGCCGGCCAACUAG